UCCUUUUCCUUUUUGGUUAUCAUCCUGAAUUUGAGGCUCACCCCAGCUUGCUCCUUUUUGGACCAAUGAAGGAACCAGAUGCCAUCAAACUUUUCAUCGGACAAAUCCCCCGGAAUUUAGAGGAGAAAGACCUUAAACCCAUCUUUGAACAGUUUGGCAAAAUCUACGAGUUGACAGUCAUUAAGGAUAAAUACACCGGCAUGCAUAAAGGAUGUGCCUUCCUGACCUACUGCGCCCGAGAGUCAGCCCUGAAGGCCCAAAGCGCUCUCCACGAGCAGAAAACACUGCCAGGGAUGAACCGGCCAAUCCAGGUGAAACCGGCGGACAGCGAAAGCAGAGGAGAAGACAGGAAGCUGUUUGUGGGAAUGCUGGGUAAACAGCAAACGGACGAGGACGUCCGGAAAAUGUUCGAGCCCUUUGGGAACAUUGACGAAUGCACGGUACUCCGCGGUCCUGACGGCACAAGCAAAGGCUGUGCCUUUGUGAAGUUCCAAACGCACGCAGAAGCGCAGGCGGCCAUCAACACCUUGCACGGAAGCCGCACCUUGCCGGGCGCUUCCUCCAGCCUCGUGGUGAAAUUCGCGGACACGGAGAAGGAGCGGGGUCUCCGGCGCAUGCAGCAAGUGGCCAACCAGUUGGGCAUGUUCAGCCCCAUUGCGCUGCAGUUUGGGGCCUACAGCGCCUACACCCAAGCACUAAUGCAGCAACAGGCGGCUCUCGUUGCCGCGCACUCCGCCUACCUCAACCCCAUGGCAACGAUGGCCGCCGUCCAGAUGCAGCAGAUGGCCACUAUCAACCCCAACGGCCUCAUCGCCACCCCCAUCACACCUUCCUCAGGUACCAGCACGCCACCCGCCAUCACCGCCACACCUGUGUCCGCCAUCCCGGCCACCCUCAGCGUCAAUGGCUACAGCCCCGUCCCCACGCAGAGCACGGGGCAGCCAACCUCGGAGGCCAUCUACACGAACGGUGUCCACCCGUACCCAGCACAGAGCCCAGCAGCCCCCGUGGACCCAUUGCAACAGGCGUAUGCCGGGAUGCAACACUAUACAGCUGCCUACCCCGCGGCCUACGGCCUGGUCAGCCCAGCCUUCCCACAACAGCCAGCCACUAUCAUCACUCAACAGGCUCCACCACAACAGCAGCAGCAGCAGCGGGAAGGUAGCACAACUUGCCGUUCUUUUCCAGGUCCCGAAGGCUGUAACAUCUUCAUCUACCACCUGCCCCAGGAGUUCACGGACUCCGAAAUCUUGCAGAUGUUCCUCCCGUUCGGGAAUGUCAUCUCCGCCAAAGUCUUUGUGGACCGGGCCACCAAUCAAAGCAAAUGUUUCGGAUUCGUAAGUUUCGACAAUCCCACCAGCGCUCAGGCUGCCAUCCAGGCCAUGAACGGCUUCCAGAUUGGGAUGAAGCGUCUCAAGGUGCAGCUGAAGCGGCCCAAAGACGCCAACCGGCCGUACUGAACCGCCGCCCAUCAGGCCUGGAGCUCAAUGGAGGAGCAAACCCCCCCCAGCCCCCCAAAAUCUCUUGCCCUCCUCCCCUGCCCCGUUUCCUUCUCCCUCCU